AGCUAGGUAGCUAGCCCAGACACUGGUAGCUGUGGUUGUGGUCUUGUGGACACGCUGGCCUCCACCCAUCUUUCUCAAGUCGUCUCGCCAUCUGCAGAAAAAGGGCACAGUACAGAUUCGGCCGAUUUAUAGCAACGCCAUGGCGCGGAAGUGCUCCCACUGUGGCAACUACGGCCACAACUCCAGAACCUGCAGCCUAGGACACAGAGAAAUCAUGCUCUGCGAAGGCAGCGGCAGUGGUGGCGGCGGUAGCGGUGGUGGUAGUGGGCUAAGGCUCUUCGGAGUGCAGGUCCAUGUCACCGCCGGCGACGGCUCGGCGUACAUGAAGAAGAGCUACAGCAUGGACUGCCUGCAGCUCGCUGCUGCAGCGGCUCCUGGCUGUUCCCUCGUCUCGCCGUCGUCGUCGUCGUCGUCGUCACUGCUGCUGUCGAUCGACGAGGGCUUGGAGAGGGCGGCGACCAAUGGGUACCUGUCUGAUGGACCUCACGGCAGAGUUAUGCAGGAGAGGAAGAAAGGAGUUCCAUGGAGCGAGGAGGAGCACAGGCAGUUCCUAGCCGGCCUGGAGAAGCUGGGCAAGGGCGACUGGCGCGGCAUCUCCAGGAGCUACGUCACGACGAGAACCCCGACGCAGGUCGCCAGCCAUGCGCAGAAGUUCUUCCUGAGGCAGAGCAGCAUGGGGAAGAAGAAGCGCCGGUCCAGCCUCUUUGACAUGGUACCGAUUUGCGAGAACGGUGCGCGCAUUUCGGAGCCACUGAGCAGCGAGGGCGCCUCGACUUCUCUGUCACUGAACAUGCCGCGCCAUGGAUACUCCGAGAGGGCGGCCUUCGACCUGAACUCCAUGGAGGAAGAUGACAGGAUGGUCGACGUUUCAUCGGAGUCAGGUGCUAGGACUAGACCGUUCCCCGGAGCACCGACGGAGCAGCUUUCUCAUGGCCAUGGGCACAGCCACCAUUGCUCGCCCCUGGACCUGGAGCUGGGCAUGUCUCUGUCCACGCCAUCCAUCGGAACAUGACGUGCCGUCGUGAAGCCUACUCAUCACCGUCGUCGUCGUCAUGUGCUCGCGCAGGUGGCUCCAAAGUUUUCAGUGCAAGAUGCCAUGGCCGUCGCGUGCCUGCUGUCGCACUUGUCUGCCAAAUGGAGAUGAGCUAGGCUUGAGGCAAUGUUGUUUGUAAAGACGUUGUGCAAGUAGCACUUUAACUGUGGAUACAAGUACCAUGUGUACUAUCUUUAGCUCCAUGUAAUCAGAAUCGGCUCUGCUCCUGCUGUAUGCCACGUUCUUCGUU